AGACGUGACAAGGCGAUACAUUAUUGAGAGAUGUUGGGUGCUCAAAACAUUUUCCCAAGUUCGACCAUCGUGACUGUGAAUCCCAAGAUCGACCGUCGUUGCACAAACAAACCGAGCAACGUUAUCCAAAUCCGAUCAAGGGCCGUGACCGUGAACGAUGCCAUCACUUCCGAUCCCGAGCUAACUUGGCAAAUUGUGGUUGGAGCUAUAGCGGGUGUUGCUCCAUUUGUGGUGGCCGGGGUCGAGUUCAGCAAGAGAAUUGUGGAACAGAGAAAUUGCAAGGUGUGUAGAGGCUCUGGCCUUGUAUUGAGGGACAACAAGUAUUAUUUUCGAUGCCCUGCUUGCGGUGGCUUUCUGCCAUGGCAAUCUUGGAGGAGAUUCUUUACUGGUUAAAUUAAUGUCAUAAGACAAUACCUUAUCCUCAUAAGUGGUGAAAGAUUCCAAUUGUUGGCGUUCAUCAAGAUUCCAAUUCAAAAUCAAACAAGAGAUUACUGUUGCAUUAUGUAACAAUCCAUUCAGGACCACUAUUUUCUUCGUUAAUGUAACAGUGGCGAAAGAUUAGGAUUGUUGUUAUGUUGUAACAGUGGUAAAAGAUAAUGGUCGGAACUGGAAUCUUUGAGAAUUUAACAUGAGAAUUUGAAUGCUUCGGGGAAGAAAGGUGAGAAACAGAGAAGCUACGCGUUUUGGGAUUUUGGAGUGUAUUGGUGUGUUUUACUUUUUAAAUCUUUAUUUCCUAUCUUUAAGUUUUCAAAUGGGUUUAUUUUUGGGCCUUGUUCUUUUAUUUGAAUUUAGUGUUGGGCCAAUUGGCUAAUA